GGGGAGGGGAGAGAGAGUGUGGGGUCGGGGGGAGGGUGUUGGAACUCUCCCCGGGAGCCGGGAGCAGGCAGGGACAGGGAGAGGCUGGCAGGACAGUCCGGCUGUGAGGAGAGAGAGUGCGGGGAGGCAAUGAGCAGGAUCCCGCUGAGGAUGGCCCUUUUGCUGUUUCAAGUCUUCCCUGUCAAACUGGCCGGCGUGGAAGCCCAGUCUCAAGAAAGAGAGAUAUGCAUUGGCGUGAACAACCAGAGUUACUUCUGUGAAACAGGACACUGUUGUGGAGAGUCACAAUGCUGUAACUACUAUUAUGAGCUUUGGUGGUUCUGGCUUGUUUGGACCAUCAUCAUCAUCCUGAGUUGCUGUUGUGUCUGUCACCAUCGGCGAGCCAAGCUCCGUCUGCAACAACAGCAACGGCAACGUGAGAUAAACCUCAUCGCCUACCAAGGAGCCCGGAACUACUCCUUGCUCCCCCUCUACCUGAGAUUUUUGCCAAGUUAUUUACUCCCUCCUUAUGAAGAAGUAGUGAACAGACCAGUGACCCCACCACCUCCCUACAGUGCCUUUCAUCAUCAGCAAUGUGUCACAGACUGUAAUAGCCCCUCAAGUCCUGAGCCACCUAGGUCCCCCGACACGCCGAGUAACUCUGUGCCAACAGUCUGUGAGGUGGUGCCCCGGCAAGGCAGCACUCUGGACCUGGACUCGCCCCUGUUGUAUUCGGAAAAUGGCUUGAACAAAACUCAGACAGCGAGCCAGGUGGAGGAUCUGGGCCCUACCUCAGAGCUGGAGCCUGUGCGUGCUUGUUGCCUGGACCUGGAGGAGGAGCUGAGCUGCCCCGAGAAAGAGCAACUGACUGACUAUUAUCCGAGCUCUUCCUCGAAAAUCGAAAGCUGGCACCACCAGGCGUGCUUGGAAAUCAAAGAUGUGGAUAAGAUGCCAGGGAGACACCGCAGGUUCACUGGCGAUUCUGGGAUCGAGGUCUGUGUUUGCAACAGGGACGAUGAUCCAAAGGAGUUGGAUGGUCUGAUUGACGGUUUGGGGGGUGCGAUGGAGUUCUGUGACAGCUGUAACAUGUGUGAUUCGUGCCCACGAGGGGACAUGAGGGAGGAAGGCCUGGCUGAAGCGAAUGAGCAACAGGAUUGCAAGGAGCAGCGUGUCCCAGAGGAGCCAGUGUGUCUUUUGUUGGAUACCAUCAAUGAGAAUGAGUUGCUUCAAGCUCAUCAGCAUCAUGAUUCCCAAACCUAACUGCAGCUUGUCCCAUCAGCUGCACUCUUCAAUAUCUGUGCUUAAGGACUCCUCGACUCUCUUCUCAUUGAGCUUCAAAACCAUCCUGGUAUCUGCGUGUACCUGGGGGGAGAGAGAGAGAGAGAGAUGGCAAAAAGAUGGUUGAUGCCAAACUGGUGAUGGUAUGGAGCAGAGACUGUGCUGGCAACAUUGAACCAGGAGAAAUUGGUCAGCCUAGCUACACGACUAGCAUUCUAUGAUGUUUAAUGUUGACCUGUCAUAUUGUCGUAUAGAUGCAAUUUUGACGUCAACUGGAAUUUUGUAUCCAAAAUUUUAAAUUUUUAAUCAAAACCUAUUUGCAUGGGAUUGUGGCCCUACAUUAAUCUUGACGGUCUAAAAGACCACUUUAGUUUUCUUUGCCUGUGUCCGAACAAGAGAGACAGCUUUAUAGAUCUGGAGUGAAAUCCCAGAUAGAAUAAAAACUGGAGACUUUAGUCCUGGCACAUGGGUGUGCUUUUGAAUAGCAGGAGUGAGAGGGGUCUCUCUUCAGGGACUGUGAAUACUGGCUUUAAAAUGCAUAAAGGGCAUCUUUCCGCAUUGUUUAUCUCUCGCCUCGACAGAAGCACAAGUUGCAUUGUUUCGGUUACUAAGGCUUUGAUUUUUUUUUUACAUUUGCAUUGCUUGUGAGGAUUCAGGAAGUACGUGAAAAUAGAUGAUCGGGUCAUGUGCAGAAGCUGACCCAGUGAGAAACACAACAAAAAACUAUAACUGGGUUGGAUAUGCAAUUUUUCCUUGUCCUGAAUCUGUAACUACGUAUCUAAUGUAAGUGGAGACUGACUGGUAUGGCUGCUGUUGCUGGGAGUGAUUUUCUUUUCAAAACAGUUUCCCAAGAGAAACAGUUGGUUGUGAUUUGGUUAUGCGCUGUUUAAUUUGGUGUACAUUAUAUCAUUGAUAGAUCUGCUGUGCAGUGAGAACAGUCAUACAUACUCUCUCUCACUCCCUCUCUCUUAAUCUCGCUCCCUCUAUCCCCCCUCUCUGUCUCGCUCACAUACACACCAGAGCUGCUUCCCUACCAAUGCUGUGUCUAAUUAAUGUAAUAGCACAAACAAAUUUCCUCUGUGUGCUCUGUGCAGCAAAUUCAUUUGUCUGAAGCUUCUGUGUCUUGUACACAGCAUGGAGAUUAAGGUGUGUGUGUGUGUGUUUGUUAGUAUCUGUGAAAACAAAUUGGGAUUUAUAUUUCGCCUUUCGUGACCUCAGGGUAUCCCAAAGCGCUUUACAACCAAUGAAUUACUUCUUAAAGUGUAGUCACUGUUGUACUGUAAGAAUUGAGGCAACCAAAUGUUCCCACCAGCAAUCUCUAACAAGCAGCAAUAAGAAAUAGGUGUGUUUUAGAUGUUGGUUGAGGGAGAAACAUGGGCCAGUAACUGGGAAGAAUGCUGCUUUUUGAGAGGCAGAGUGGGGUAUUUAGUGUCCAAGCACAUGAGUGGACAUGACCUCAGUUUAAUGUCUGAAUGAUGGCAGUGCUGGGCUGUACUGAAGAGUAAGUAGAACGAUGUUAGCUGAAGUACAGAAUCAAUGAGUGCAUGGUGUUGGAUGUGCACACUGGAAUGCCGAACCUGUUACCAGGGCCUGAGCACAACUCUGAUUCAUCCCUGGACAUCUAUCUAUGUUAUAAUAACAUACAAGCUUUCCUUCCUCACUCACUUCCAUUUUGUUCUUGACCCUACCACAGCCCAAUAUUUCUGUGAUUUUUUUUUUGAAUCUGGCAUUAGGUUACAGGGUGAGCAGUACAUUUAUAUUGAUGGUGAGCGAGUCCUUUAUUCAGGGUGCUGCCCUCAACAGCUCAGGAAUGACUGUCUCAUCUGUCGUUAAAUACUGGAACAUCCGAUAUGUGUUGAGCUGUUUGCGACUGAGUCAGAACUGGCUGCAGGUUCUCUGUAACACCAGUGAUCUCACUUUUCGAGAGGAGAUAGCCAUUUGAGUUGUGUAACACGAAAGUGGGAGAUGGGAAGGUAAUCUGACCUUACUAUAACAGAGUAAGAUUUUAAAACUGAGCCAAGGAACUUGUGGCACAGAGUUCUACCAGGUUUGGUUGGUACAUAGGCAGCCCUGUAAGUGUAGAGCCAGUGAGGAAUGGAUUGAGACAGGUUUUAAAAUUGGCAGCAGGCUGCUGAAGUGAACCUGGUUUUUGCCUGGGGUCGUGGGGGUGGGGGGGAUUGGAAUUAUUUGGGGCUGUUGGUGGAUGUAAGCAAACUGCAGUAAAUUUUAGCUGGCUGAGUUGUGGAAACUGUCAGACAAUGAUAGAGAUUUCUGGAUCCAUUCAUAGGAUUUGUUUAGAUUUUAAAAGAUGUGUUAGGAAGGGGGAACUCUCUGUGGCACGUUAAGUGGGAAAGUAUGGGCUUAAAAUUAGAUUUUUGAUUUGGAAACACCUGUCUUCACAUUUUAAAUUACAAGUGGCAAAGCCUUGAUACAAGUAGAGACUGCUGAAUGAGAAAACAAACUUCUUUCUUGAACUGCAGGGAGCUGCAUGCAGUUGUAUAUUAGGCUGGUCUGGUCUUAGAUAACCACUUGAAGACCUGAUCCAUGGAGUACUCCUACCAAAUGCUAGCUUUGACUUGGGUUUACCAUUCGUUGUAAUUUUUCCAGUCAAUAUUUUAAUGGUUCAUUGAAAAAGCUAUAGUGUCUUCUGAUCUCAUGGCCAUUGUUUUCCUUUCAAGAGCCUUGUCACCUUACCGCGAGGACUUGAUUUGUUAUCACUCCACACCCCUUCAAACUGCAACUCUUUACAAUACACAUCUGUCAGUUGGGUGCAGUUAUCCACUUGGUUCGCUGUGGGGUCUUGUAGAAUGGAGAGAGAGGGGGACUGGCUGAGUUGCUAUUGAGAGAGCCUCAAGGACAGGAUGGACUGAAUGGCCUCUUUUCUUAGCCACGCUGAUUCUACAAAAUGUCACAUCUCAACAACUCCCCUGAUCCCCUUGAGCUGCAGCAAGGCAGUGUCAGUGGGAAUGGGCUCUGUAUCUGGGCAGUGUUCACAGCACGCGUUAUCGCUGUCACUGGAAGCAGCAGCAAAUCAUCUGUGUGAAGUCAGUACCACUCAGUCUGUUGGUGAUUUUACCAAGGUGAUAAUCAUUCAAACAGUUUCAAAUAAAAAUUAA